CGAGGGGUUAUCUGGAGCCGCGCACCGGGCGGGAAUCUAAGAUGGCGGAGUAGUAAAGCGAAGCGGUUGGCAUUGAGUCUCUGGGCUGGCUAAAAUUCCGAUCUCCGCAGCAGCAGUGAUCACUAAGCGAAGAGUGCCUAGGGUCGCGGGCCAAGAUGCCGAAUAUUAAGAUCUUUAGCGGCAGCUCCCACCAGGACUUAUCCCAGAAAAUUGCUGACCGCCUGGGCCUGGAACUGGGCAAGGUGGUUACGAAAAAAUUCAGCAACCAGGAGACCUGUGUGGAAAUUGGUGAAAGUGUACGUGGAGAGGAUGUCUACAUUGUUCAGAGUGGUUGUGGUGAAAUCAACGACAAUCUAAUGGAGCUUCUCAUCAUGAUUAAUGCCUGCAAGAUUGCUUCAGCUAGCCGGGUGACUGCAGUCAUCCCAUGCUUCCCUUAUGCUCGGCAGGAUAAGAAGGAUAAGAGCCGGGCUCCGAUCUCAGCCAAGCUUGUUGCAAACAUGCUAUCUGUGGCAGGCGCCGAUCACAUCAUCACCAUGGACCUACAUGCAUCUCAAAUUCAGGGCUUUUUCGACAUCCCAGUCGAUAAUUUGUACGCCGAGCCAGCUGUCCUGAAGUGGAUCAAGGAGAACAUCUCAGAAUGGAGAAACUGCACAAUUGUCUCACCUGAUGCCGGUGGAGCUAAGAGAGUGACCUCCAUUGCAGACCGGUUGAAUGUGGACUUUGCUUUGAUUCACAAAGAGCGGAAGAAGGCCAACGAAGUGGACCGCAUGGUGCUGGUGGGAGAUGUGAAGGAUCGAGUGGCCAUUCUUGUAGAUGACAUGGCUGACACUUGCGGCACAAUCUGCCAUGCGGCUGACAAACUUCUCUCAGCUGGAGCCACCAGAGUUUAUGCUAUCUUAACUCACGGAAUCUUUUCUGGUCCAGCCAUCUCUCGCAUAAACAAUGCAUGCUUUGAAGCAGUAGUAGUCACCAAUACCAUACCUCAAGAGGACAAGAUGAAGCACUGCUCCAAAAUACAGGUGAUCGACAUCUCCAUGAUCCUUGCUGAAGCCAUCAGGAGAACUCACAAUGGAGAAUCUGUUUCCUAUCUGUUCAGCCAUGUUCCUUUAUAAUAGUGUAACUUCUGAGGCUUUUUCAAAAUAAAAAACCCCACCCCUUGUUUUGCCCUUGGUAUUUGAAGACACCAUCAGCAGAAGACUCAGCUUGCUCCCAGCGUAGUUGUCUACAUCCCAUAUCGGGUAUAUUAGAGCUUGUCCUAAAACGGGGGAAGACAGAUUGAGAUGACCUGCCAGGACUUCCCACCUGCCUCCUCUCACUCUGGCUCCCCUGAUGAGUUUGUUGUGAGCUUUUGCAGCCUUAAGUACAGCUCAGCUGCUGCAAGUGUUCAGACUUUUGAGGGUGUUAUGCAGGGACCUUUGGAGGUGAUGGCGGGUGCUCAGACUACUUUGCAUGUGAAUGUUUCAGGCUUGCUUUAUGUCCAGAACAGUUAGCAACAAAGCCAACCCCUGUACAGGCUCUUCAAGGUCUAUAAGAGCCCUGGGCAACCCUAAACCCAGUCUGGGAGCUGAGCAGCCUGUAAGGACAGAGCGGGCAGCUCAACUCGAGCAGCUGUUAGGUAGGAUCCGAAGCAGGGCGGGAUAGCCCAGUUCUGCAAAUGCUUCUUGGGAGGAAGCAGCCUGACCCAUCACCAUCUCGCUUGACUGUGUAGCUUCAGUUCUCUGUAUCUGUUCCUUUUGGUUUUGGCUUUACCGUCAGUCAUCUUUUCCCUUCUCCUGGCCAAAUAUACUCUUGGGCCCAAGUGAUCAUUUUAUCAUGUCUUCUGGAAAGAAAACUUAACUUCCUGCUUUGUAACUGCUCACAUUCAGAUUAGAUGAUUUUGCCAUAGUUUGAUCUUCCUUGGCCUACUACCACUGUGGUCGUAGGUUUUAGGUGAUAUUGUAGUGCCUUUUGAUUAAUUUAAGUAUUUAAUUGUCAUCUUCCUUGGAUCUGUUUGGCCUCUCAAGUGACCCAAGAUAUCUGUUUAAAAGAUUGAUGUGAUUAUUGUCUCUUUUUAGAUGAAUUUAAUAAAACGUCUGUAUGUGUGCGA